AUGGAGUAUGUAAUAGGCAUUGCUUUUAAGGAUUUUGCUAUUGUAGCUGCUGACACACGCGUAAGCCAAUCAGUUAUUACGUUGAAAGACGAUGCUGACAAAACAUUUGAACUCAGCAAGCAUUGUUUGAUGCUUGCCUGUGGUGAACCCGGAGAUUCAAUUCAAUUUGCCGAGUUUAUUCAGCAGAAUAUGCAGUUAUAUGAAAUCAGAAAUGGUUACGAAUUGUCUCCAUUUUCUACAGCUCACUUUACCAGAAGAAAACUUGCUGACGCUCUACGUACAAGAAAUGCUUACCAUGUUAACUCGAUUCUUGCUGGUUAUGACACUGAGCGUGGAGCAAAAGUCUAUUAUAUGGAUUAUCUGGCUUCACUUAUUGAUUUGCCAUACGCUGUACAUGGACACGGGGGUUAUGUAACGCUUGGAAUUCUUGACAGUGAUUAUGAUCCUGCUAUGAAUAUGGAUGCUGCUCUUAAUCUCUUGAAAAUGUGUGUUGCAGAACUUCGAAAGCGUUUUCUGCUCAAUUUUGAUCGCUUUAUUGUAAAAAUAGUUGAUAAAGAUGGUAUUAAACGCCUUCCUGAUCUUGUUUAA